CCUGCACAGCCUCUCCCAGCAGAUCAACCACCUUCACCGAAGGAGCGAAGAAACAUCCCUGGAAAGCGGCGGCCUGGCGACCAAGUUGGAGACCGUUUUGCAACAGAAAUUUAUCGAACCCUGCAUUGAACAUGCUCAUUGAUGGAGUUUCAACAGCCCUCUGGGGUAGAGAAUUCUAUAUUCUUCUGAAUGAAAAAGUUUCUCCUCAAUCAGUCCUAAAUGGCUUGCCUUUUAUUUUGAGACUGUUUCCCCCGGUUUAAGACCCCAGAGCCAAGUGAAACAUCAAAAGAAAUUGCUUUGAAAACUCAGCAGGUCUGACAGCAUCUGUGGAGAGAAAGCAGAGUUAACAUUUCGGAUCCAAUGAUCCUUCAGUGGCACAUCAUGGAGAUUCAUGCUAUUCUGGGUGGAUAAAUCUUGAGUUGGAAUCCACGUGGUGUGAGUCUGAGCCAUUCACUGAGGAAUGUGAUGUGGCUGUGGAAGUAUGUUUGGCAGAUACCUUGUCAAACACCAGGAACGACAACAAAAGUAAUGUCAACAAAUGAGAGAAAAGAUUAGAAUGGAAAUCCUGUCGGAGAGAGGAACAGAACUUCUUCAAGAUGGGCACACCUGGGAGAGAUGAGAAAGUGGAAUCUACAAAAAUCUUGAUGAACAGACUGGACUCAGUUGUGCGCCAUACCCAACAGGAGUUGCAAGAAACUAAUAAAGCAGUCAACAAGGGUGAAAGCAAGACAAAUCAGAUUACUGAAACUCUGCAAAAGCUGCAGAAUGAAAUCCUUCAAGACCUUUCUGAUGGGAUCCAAGAUGUAAAAGAUGCAAGAGAGAGAGAUGUUACAUCUCUUGAAAAAACUGUAGAGGAAAAAUUAACAGAAUUAACCAAAUCAAUCCACGAUAACAUUGUCGCUUUUACAGAAGUACAGGAGAAGAACCAGAAUGACAUCGAUGAAAUGAAGUCAAAGAUCGGUUUAUUGGAAACAACAGUUGAGACAAAAGGUCAAGAAAUUAUGAUGUUAGUUGAUAAACAUGAUCAGUUGAAAAGUGCCUUACAUUCACAGGUUACAGCACAGGAAGCACUAAAGCAAUCAGUCUCUAAUGCUGAAAUAUCUCUCAAUGCUGUGUCUGAAGAAGUUCACAAUUGUCGUCAAGAUUUACAGGAAACUAAGAACAGCUUGAAUGACCAAGAAAAGGUACUGCUGUCAAAAGCAAUUGAUGCUUCAGCACGUGUUGAAAAACAAAAUGGGGUAUUUGAAUCCCGAUUAUCUGUGGCAGAAGAAAACAUUAUUGCUUUGAAUACAGCUGCAACACACUUAUCUGAAAAGUUAGAAUUCUACAAUCUAGAUUCUGUGCUGGAUACAAUGAGAGGUGUGGCUGAGUCUCAGGCAUCACUCAGCAAUGACAUUCAAACAUUAAAAGCAAACCUGAAAGACCUGCAAAACCCACCUACAGAGGAAGUACUCAAUGCUGUACAGAAUGAAAUACAAGCUCUAGAAGCACGGCAGAAGGAACAGAUUACGGAAGUACAAUCAGACAACAAAGAAAACCUCAAACAUUUGGCAGAGACUGUCACUGAAAUAGGUGAAAAAAGUCAAAAUAUUGCAGCUGCAUUAAAAUCCAUGGAAGAGACUAUAAGGUCUGAGGUUGACGAGAAAUUGUCAACGAUGGAAAACUCCAUGGAUGAACUGAAGUCUUCAAUCAGUGAGGCCAAGACUGAUCUGGAAGUAUUAGGGUCAACUGUGGACAGCCUACUCUCCAAAUCUGGGGAGACUGAGACAGCGGAGGAUGAACUGGCAUCCCUAAAGCUGUCACUAAAUGAGUUGCAAUCUGAUGUUGAUAAAUUAUCAGUGUCUUUAAAUAGAAUGCAAUAAGGUAUUAAAUACAAGUAGUUGGGUGAAUUUUCAAAACAAUUUCCAUAUCGUAUUGAAUCACUUGGAAAUAUAGAACAUAAUUGAGAUUGUUUUAAUGAGUUUUUAUAACAGAAUACAACAUUGUAAUGUA